GGUUUCACGGUUUCGUGGCCAAUGUUGGACGAAGGCAAGUGGCGAGCCAAAGAUUUCAACUUGACGACACUUCUUAUCGACGUCUUUAAGUGUAGGAAAGUCAGAGUGUUCAUCAGCAUCUCUGUCACUAUCGACAGGAAAAACGUCUCACGAAGACUGAUCAAGUUCGACCAAGGAGGCCUUGGAUUGGGUGAUUCGACUCACGCCAACGUUGCUGUAAAUAGAGAAAAAAUUGCAAGCGAUGUUGAUGAGAUCAUCGAAUUGGAAACACGACUGGCGCGAAUACAGGAAGACAAGGCUCAUCGAACGGAUUUCAGCAAAACAUACAAUCUGAAACGCCUCAGUGAUAUGCAGACACUGAUGCCUUUGGUGGACUGGGACAAAUACUUUUAUGCUAUUACGCCACCCUCCAUUCACAAAUACCUAGCUGCUGAUCCAGAAAUACUUAUAACAGAAAUAGACUACAUGAGAAGAGUCACCGAUCUGCUCAACUCGACGGAUCCAAGGAUUAUCACCAACUAUGUCUAUAUUCGCUAUUCUUCUACUUGGAACGGCGAGCUUGGAGAGCGAUAUGAAAGAGCUGCUCAGCAGUUCCAUCAUCUCAUGUACGGACGGAAAGAAAAAGCACCUCGGUGGAAAGACUGCGCAACCACGACUAUGCUACGAAUGCAAUACGUUUCCGGUGCGCUGUACGUCAAGAAUGCAUUCAGUGAAGAAACGAAAAAUGCGACGCUUGAAAUGAUCAACGAUCUACAGGAAGCAUUCCACGACAUUUUGAUCGAGAACGACUGGAUUGACGACGUUACGAAGGCGAAGGCCCUCGACAAAGCAAGGCAUAUGCUCCGACAUAUCGGCUAUCCAGAUUUCAUUCUUGACGAUAGGAAGCUGGACGAGUAUUACAAAGGGCUGUCCAUAGAAGAGUCGGAUUCGUACAGCGAGAUGGUGGGGAAGUUGACAAGAUGGAGCAUUGAGUUCAACUUUAAACGACUCUUAAAGCCCGUCGAUCGGGCUGAAUUCAAUAUCAAUCCGGCGAUCGUCAACGCCAUGCCUAAAAUUUUCAGAGCACUUAACUACGGAGGAAUUGGAACGAUAAUUGGGCAUGAGAUCACACACGGAUUCGAUGAUAAAGGACGUCAAUUUGAUGCUGUCGGGAAUCUGCGGGAUUGGUGGAGCAGUGAAAUGAAGAAGCAGUUCGAAAAGCGAGCACAAUGUUUCAUUGACCAGUAUAGUAGGAUAGAGGUAAGUCUGAAUUAA